AAUUUCCUAAGCCAGAGAAUAACGAAGGAACGAGAAUCAAUACAAACAGCAAAACUAGAAAGACUAAAACAUAAACAAUUGCAAUUUUUAGGAAUAUGCGUCAACAGUGAGUGGUUUAUAAACAAAACAAACAUCGAUUUUCCAGAGGAGGUGAAGUGGUUACUCUCUCUAGGGAGGAAGUUCGCGCUACCUACAACAAAAACUACUCUCGACCCAAUCAAGAUGAUCGCGGAGAUGGAGCAAAUAAUACAACAGAUAGAGGAUGAAAGAGACAAAGAAAUAGAAAGGAGCAAAUUAAGCAAUAGAAUUAUGCAAUUCAGACGGAACAUCAAAAACAAUACAGCGGAGAAAUUUAUAGUGGCAGUUUUCAAUAAAACCAAAGCAUUUUUGCAAAAACAUAAGCACGAAAUUAUUGUCACAGAUUCGGAUAAGGGUAACAAAACCGUAGUAAUUUACAAAAAAGACUACAGAGAAAAAAUGAACGAAUUGCUGAAAGACAAAAAUACGUACAGAAAGCUUAGGAAUGACCCAACGAACACUCUGCAGAAAAAGAAUAACAAUAUAGUCAAUCAACUAUACAAAAACAAAAUUAUCAGUUGGAGAGAAAAACAAUUGCUUACUUGCAGCGCGGCAACUGCCCCCCGCCUCUACGGCCUACCUAAAAUACAUAAACCAAACAUACCUCUACGACCAAUAGCGUCAUCAUUACAUGUCCCUUGUUAUGGCCUGUCUAAAUUUAUUGGCACUAUUCUAAGUAGUUUAACUUCAGAGGAAUACAAUAUAAAAAAUGCGUUCAGAUUGAAAGACAGACUGCAAAACAUAUGCAUAGACGAGGAAAAAUUGUUAGUGUCGUUUGAUGUAGUGUCACUCUUCACAAAUAUACCAACAAAUUUAGCAAUACAACUUAUUAUGAGAAAGUUUGACAAAAUACAGCAGAAAAUUCACAUACCAAGAAGCACCUUCCACAACAUUCUGAUAUUCUGUUUAAAAGACAAUAACUAUUUUAUGUAUGAAAACCAUAUUUACACACAAACAUUCGGAAUGCCAAUGGGUAACCCUUUAUCACCUACAAUCGCAGACAUAAUCAUGGAUGACCUGCUGGAUAAAACUUUAACAGAACUAAAGGGGCUGCAUAAUAUAAAAAUCAAACUCAUAGUGAAAUAUGUGGACGACGUCUUUGCAAUUGUUAGACGAAACGACGUAGAAAUAAUUUUAAAGACUCUAAACAAGUAUCAUGAAAAGCUGCAAUUUACAAUGGAAACAGAGAGAAACCUCAGCAUACCCUUUUUAGACGUUCGUAUCCACGGAGAAAAGGAGAAAAUAUUACUUAACUGGUACUCCAAACCCAUUUCAUCGGGACGCAUAAUAAACUUCCUAUCUGCUCAACCUUUGAAAUACAAAAUCAACACCGCGAGAAAUCUUGUUACGAAAAUACUUACCAUAAGUCACCAAAGGUUUAGACACGAACACGUAGGGAAAAUACAUGAGAUACUCAAACGUAACAACUAUCCGAUACACAUGACUAAAAAUUUAAUUGAACAGGCACUCAUGAAAAUAAACAAGCAGCACAAUAACACUUCCGCAGUAGCAAACACUGAGACAAAACAAUUCUGUCACAUAUGUCCCCAAAUUGACCGGCAAACUUCCCCAAACGAUAAAGAAAAACAAGCCAAACAUAACUCUAGCAUACAAGUCAAAUUGCACUUUGUCAACGAUAUUUACAAGAACAAAAAGUCCGAUUAACCGCAACAACAAAGCAACAUUGUAUACGAAAUGAAAUGCCAAGGUAAACAAAACGAAGAGUGCAACAAAAUCAACAUAGGGACAACAAAGCGAUCACUAAGCACACGAUUAUCAGAACACGAUGCGGAUAUAAGAAAAAAUACAAAUAACACGGCAUUAGCACAACAUAUACUAACGAGCGGUCACACAGCUGACCUAGCUAAUACAAAGAUAUUAGACAGAGAAAACAGAGAAAAAAUACGAUACACGCUAGAGAGCCUCCGCAUAAUGCAAAAAAGAGAAAGAACAGUCAACAAGAAAGAAGACAGUAACGACAUUGCGGCUACUUAUUUACUGUGUUUACAAAACACAGUCAGUACGACAAGUGUACCCCAAGCAGCUGGUACCGAUGAAUAGUUUUUAAGACAAGUGUUCACUUAUUAUUGCUUGUAAGUUUUGUUAGUUUUUGGUAUACAUGUAUAUUCAUACACACCAAGGCACAUUAUACAGAUAGUAUCAGUAGAGCAAAAACAACAUUUGCGUGUAUUUUGUUGUUGCUUCUGGUAUCGAAA